CUCACUGACAAACACAAACCUCUGGACACGGAGAAACUGCGACACACAGCAGGUGUCCAGAGUCUCAGGACUGAUGAAUCUUUUACAGGACGAUGAACAGACAGAAAAGAUGAUCAACUGAAGAUGAAGAUGAGAUAGAAAACACAAUAUCAACAUGUUCCGGGGAAAAGAUAGAGAGUCUGCAAGUAGCAGUACUGCUCACAAGAGAGCACACAGCAGGCACAGACCUCCUUCAUUGGAUGAUGAACCAUCCCUGGGUUCUGCUGAAGACACAGUGGAGAAACAGGACACACAGACACUUUCAGACAGUGAGAGGCUGAAUGUGUUGGUGUGUGGGAGUGACGCCUCACUGAAAUCCUCCAUCUCAGAGCUGAUCCUGCAACACACACACAGAAGAUCCAAGAGUGCAAGGACAGAUGUGGAUCUUCAUGCUAGACUGAUCAAUGUGCUGGAGCUUCCAGCUCUGUUCAACACUGGGUUCUCAGAGGAGGAAGUGAUGCGUCAGACUGUCCGCUGUGUGUCUCGCUGUCAUCCUGGAGUUCAUGCUUUCCUCCUCAUUAUUCCUGAUGCUCCACUCAAUAAUGAAGACAGAGCAGAAAUGGAGGAGCUCCAGAAGAUCUUCAGCUCCAGAAUCAACAAACACAUGAUGAUCCUCAUCAUGCAGAAUUCAGAGCAUCAGACAGCAGAACUCAAUGAAGAAACACAGGCUCAUUCAGUCAUUCAGAGUUUUGGAGGAAGACAUCAUUACUUUAAUCCUAAAACACAAGUGUCCACACUGAUGGAGAACAUUGAGAAGAUGCUGGAAGAAAACAGAGGAGGCUUUUACUCCACAGAGACAUUUCUGGAGGCGCAGAUGAAAAAACUGAUGAAAUAUGAAGAGAUGAAGAAGAAACUUCAUUCACUGGAGACACACUUUCUGUCACAAGGUUCAGCUGAGAGAGAAGAUGAACUGAGGAUUGUUCUUCUGGGAAAAACUGGAGUUGGAAAAAGUUCAACAGGAAACACAAUCUUGGGAAGAGACGUGUUUGCAGCAGGCACAUCUCAAGAAUCUGUUACUGAAGAGAGUCAGAGAGAAUCAUCUAAAAUCAAUGACAGACGCAUCACUGUGAUCGACACUCCAGGACUGUUUGAUACUGAACUAAGUAAAGAGGAGAUCCAGAGAGAAAUCAGCAACUGCAUCUCCAUGAUUCUGCCUGGACCACAUGUGUUCAUCAUCGUGCUUAGUUUAGGACAGAGAUUCACUAAAGAAGAGGCAAAAUCAGUGGAGUUUAUCCAGGAGACGUUUGGUCAAAACUCUCUAAUGUUCACCGUGGUGCUCUUCACCAGAGGAGACUUCUUGAAGAAUCAAACCAUUAAAGAGUUUCUGGGAAAACCUGGAUCUGUGGUCAGAACACUGCUUGAAACUUGUGGAAACAGAUACCAUGUGAUCAACAAUAAUCAGCCUGAAGACCGAACACAAGUGUCUGAUCUACUGAAGAUGAUAGACAACAUGGUGAAGGCAAACGGAGGAAGCUUCUACUCAUGUAAGAUGUUCAGAGAGAUGGAGAGAGAAAAACAAGAACAACAGAUGAAGAUUCUGAUUGACAGAGUCAGAGAAACAGAAGAAAAGAUGAAAAGACUAGAGAAAGAGAAAGACAGACUAAAGAUGAUGGUGGAAGAGGAACGACAGAAUCAGGAGAAAGAGAGAAAGAUUUUAGGUAAACAGAUUGAGAGACUCAAAAGUGAAAUAGAAGGAAUAAUCAAAAAGGAAGAAACAACAAAAAGAGAGAGACAAGAACAACUAGAGGAUUUAGAGAAGAGACUGAGAGAAGAUCAACAGAAUAAUUUUGAAAUUUUAAAAGUGAAACUCCUUCAACAACAGCAUGAAGAUGAACUGAAGAGAAGCCAAGCAAAGUCAGUGGCCAUUUUUGCUGAGAUCAUCUGUCAGAAACUGAAGGAUCCCAUUGAGCAGAGCAUCUACAAGAAAACUGCCAGAGAUAUAUCAGAAGAGAUUAUGAAAAACUGUGAAUCGCUGAAUGGAAACAGAUCAAAUCUGGAGAAACACAUCCUGAAGACACUGGCAGAAGAGGAGGACUUUGACAAAUACAUGAACUACAUUCAUUAUCCCAGAGGUCACUUCAAGAGUUUCAUCAGAGAUGAAGUCAGUCGCUACAUCAGAGAGAAGUUCAGCAUCAGUGUUUUACCCAAGAUGAAGGAGAACAUUAAACUCCUGCAGCAGAAGAUCAUGAACGCAGCACAUCAAUCUACUGAACAUGUUCAAGUCAACAGUGGAGAUGUUGGUUUGUGGUUGAAGAGUUUCACACAGCAGCUCUCAGAUCAGCUGAUCUUCUCUGAAGAAGACCUCAGUGGAGUCAAACAUGAUGAUGUUGAUGAUUUCAGACUCCUAGAAGAUGUGAUCAGACAAGAGCUUCCUGCUGUAAUGUCAGACAUCAGCAGGAGAUUCAACACAGACACAUUUCCAGUAAAGCUGGACUAUAAGUUCAGGCCAGAUGAGUUUCUGAUUGAUCACUUCUGUCAGUGCUGUUGGGUUCAGUGUCCGUUCUGUGGAGUCACCUGCACAAACACCAAAGAAAACCAUCAUGAAGAUCACAGUGUUCCUUUCCACAGAGUGAGAGGAAUUAAUGGACAAAAUUACUCUCCAAAUCUCUGUGCUGAUAUUUGUACAGAUUUAGUGGCAAGUGGUCAGAAUUUUAACACACCAGAGGGAAUGUUCCCCUGGAGAUAUUAUAGAAGAGCAGGAGGAGUUUAUGCACGCUGGAGCAUCACUCAUGAUCUCUCUAAACAGCCUUACUGGAAGUGGUUUGUCUGUAGAUUCCAGAAAGAUCUGGAAAAAGAGUACAAGGAAAGAUUUGAAGGGAGAAGUAAGAUCUCAGAUGAGUGGAGAAAAUACUCAAAACGAGAUGCUAUUGAGAGUUUGGAUAAAUACAUGUAUUGGAAAAGAUAAAGAAUCAGACUUACACCUCUUCUUUCUCUUCAGAUCAGUUAAUUGUGAGUUUCUAUUACAUUCAUCAACAAGAGUCCAAACUCAACAUCUCAGAGGAAGAGGAGGAACUCCAUCUCAAGUCUUAAUUUUUACUUUAAUUUUUACUUUAACUAUUUUACGACUUAAUUCAUUAAUAAUGGCAUCUGAAAAUAAGACAAGUUGGGCACAAAAAAUGAAUAUGAAAUUAUACACUAUCAGACUUAAAAAUAAUCAAACCUCAACCAAAGAUCCAGCUGAAGACCAAACAGAUUAGCAGGUCUCAUUUAUCAACACUGAAUACAGAAAAGCUACACAUACGCCAGCUUUCAUACUCACAGCCAGAUGUACUAACAUCAUUAUGAACACAUGGGAGAAUGUGUUACUCCACACCAUCUUCAUAACUGCUGUAAGCACAUUUCCUCUGUCUUUGUCCAUUGGUGAAUCUUAGAGGCAAUGAAGUGAAGAUACAAAGAACUUGACCUCAUCAGAUUUAUGAAUCUCAUUCUAGUGGACGUCUGAGUAUGUACAUUUUUUUGCUUAUUGAGAUACAAGGAGUGAGUGAGAAUUCUUCGAGAACCCAAGGCUCUUAAAUCUCUACAUUGCAGGCCAAAUUGACUCUGUUCGCUUUUACAGAUUACAGUCCCAAGACAACUUCUUGCACUGUAAAUUUAUACACAAUAAAGUUUUUAUUAUGGAUCAUA